AUGAGAGAUUAUCAAUACCAGCCACUUCAACCUGGUGAGAUCCGGUUGUUGCGACUGGAUGCCACUCGGAGCUCUCAACAACCUCUCUCUGGACAGAUUAUUCAUCACCACCUCACAAAUCCCAAAUACCAACUCUCUGAGAGCGGUAAGGGUUAUUUGCAACAUUCUCUACCAUAUGACGCAAUUUCUUAUCAUUGGGGAGGCGACACUACAGCCUCGUUUGAAAUCAUCAUUCGCGGCGAAGCCGGCCAAGAAACCUCGAUAAAAGUUACAUCUAAUCUGUACACAAUCCUCCGCCGACUGGCAUGGCCCGACGAGGCUCGACUGUUGUGGGCAGACGCUAUUUGCAUCAAUCAGAUUACCUCUGAAUCGAACACGGAAAAAGGGGAGCAGAUUCAACUUAUGCCGGACAUAUACCGCGUAGCAGCCUGUGUCCAAGUCUACCUAGGCGAUGAAGCUGACAAUGUUCAAGCGGCUUUGGAGCUAUUGUCUUCGAUAGCAGACUACUCCGAGCAUCUAGAUGACUCUACUCAUGCUUAUGGCGAGAUUGGGGUACAUCUCGCCAUGCAAAGCGGAUUUAUACUUCCCCCUGUACAAGACAAAAGAUGGCCUGCGCUGCGUGCCUUCUUCCGCCGCCCCUGGUUUCGUCGGGUCUGGGUCAUACAAGAAUUCGUGUAUGCGACAGAUGUAUGCGUCAUUUGCGGUGAUGUGGAAAUAGACUGGCACAAGCUUUGGUUAGCAUCCAAGGCCUAUAUUUCCAAUCGUCAACUCAUGUUUCAUGGAUUCUCCCAAGGUUUGUUCAUGACCGGGAGACUGAAUGACUAUAGGGAAGCCCACGAAGGGGCUAGGUCUCUGCACCUAGUCACAGAUUUGCGCAUGCGCGCGCGAGGCUACAUGUCAGGGCCGUACAUGGUGUUCAACCUUGACCAGGGCGAGCCAUCUGACCCAUCUGGAUUGUCCAUCCGGAAGAAUUUAGCCUCCAUUAAAGGCUUCGAAAACUUUACACAAGACCAAUGGUUAUCCGACCGGGCUGCAGGACAGCCUUUCCCCUAUGAACGACAUAGUCUAUUGGAUCUUCUACAUCGAACAAGUAACUUUCGGGCAACCCAGUCUAUCGACCGACUGUAUGCUCUUUUCGGUCUGGCCGAAGAUGCGGCGGGGUACAGGCCCAUUUACUCGUCGGAACAGAGCCUCGCCGUUGUUUCUACCCAGUUCGCAUCCACCUUUAUUAACAAUGGGCAUCUUCCGCUCAUCUUGUCGACUGCUGGCAUUUCAUCAGAUAAAAUCGAUGCACAGGGCUGGCCAUCUUGGGUGCCAGACUGGACAUCAGUACGAUACUCACAUGACUCAGGCCCCGGGUUGACACGGGUUGCCCUCGUGUCUGACGAAGGAACUACGCGCAAGAAAUUCCAGGAAGAGAAAGAGAGGGAUGCACCACGUGCGACAGCCAUGGCUUCGAGCAAUGCCCAGAAGACAGCAACUGUUUCUGAGACUCAGAACGCAACGGCCAAAACGGAUGGCCCCGGAGCCAGGCAAGAGAUGCGCAAUGGCAUGAGUACGGAAGCUCGGAAAGAUGGCUGCCAAAAACUCUACAGCGCUGCUGGAAAUACUACUGCGGUAUUUGAUGCCGAUGCCAAGCAAGGCUUGUUAGCUGUCCGUGCUACAGCAGUCAGUCUUGUGAAGGCUGUGCUGCCGGGCAAGUUACUCCUCCCUGUAAACAUGUACGAAUCUAUGGUCUCGAGGCUAGGAAACGUCUACGUCACAGGGGAGCCCAUGACUGAAGCCUUGUGGCGCACACUGGUCGCCAAUCGAACCAUAUUUGGCGAACCGGCGCCUCCGGAAUUUGCUUUACAAUAUGAGAAGAUGAAAGGGCAUGACCAGGUUUUGUUUGUCAAGGCCGCUGUGCUACUACUAGCGGGCUGUCUUGUAGCAUUGCUCUUUGUUGCUGUCGGAAUGCGACACCUGCCAGUUCUCGUGCAAGUGGGCAUCUUGAGCGGUCUAGCAUGGAGGCAGUACAUUGCCGUGAAACCGGCUGUAGUGAUCAUGGUACUUCUUCCCUUCUUCCGUUGCAUCUACGUCGUGCUAUUGGUACCACUGCUGGUUGCACUGGCAUACUACAUGUGCACACAUGCGUACCCGGUAGCAACGCUAAACCUCCUCACACACAUGGGCGUUAGCACCACGACAUCCACAACCGGCCUGCCGGCAGAUUGUGCCGCCUACGCAUCUGCAGUCGGCCUUGUAGCCAACAACCGCGCCUUCUUUUGGACGGCGGAUUGCUUGAUUGGACUGGUGCCGUUGUCGACGCAAGAGAAUGAUAUUGUAGUCAUUGUCCACGGAUGCGACGUCCCGUUUGUGGUCCGUCCGAGCGGAAGAGAAGGAUGUUACCGCCUAGUAGGGGAGUGUUAUGUGCACGGUGUAAUGAACGGAGAAAUGAUGACGGACGUCGCAAAGAAUUCAGUCGACAUCACACUGAUAUAG